ACACCUAUUAUAUUUCCACCAGAGAGAAACCUUCUCUUUCUCUGCUUCCACCAUGGGGCGGUGACGCGAACUAUUGGAGUGUAUUGUCAUAAAUAGGAGCAUAUUUGAGUGCGAACAAAGAAAGUUGAAAAUAUUUCAAACUGUCUUUAUCCGAAAGGCAAACAAACAUUACAUGUUUUAAUCAGGGGACACGAUGGUGUCUCGGUGCUAAGACAACCCCAACAACACAUAGCGCGAUAUAUAGAUACAACAGAAAUUGUAUUAUAUGACAUAAAGACAAGGUCCAGAACGCAAAUUCUUUUCUGCCGAAAGAAAAACUUCAAGAAGAAUACGUGUUUUAAUAAUAAUAUAUAUAGGUGAAAAAUUUUAAAACUACUUUUUGUGAAACAAAAAAUGAGUAAAAAACCAAUUGAUUUAAAUGACGCAAAACAAAGUUUUGUUGAAUUGAUGCGAUCGUUGAAUGCAACUGAUCAACAAAAAUUUUUAGUAUUUAUUAUGAAGGAAUGGAAACUUAAACCAUCUAUGGCUUAUGAUUCAGGGGAUGAUGCGUGUAAUAAUAAAAAAUUAAUGGAUGAGUCAACGUCUAUUUUAAAUUCUAUUGCUUCUGAUAUUAAACAAAAGAUUCCAUUUAAUGCUAUAUUGUCAUCUGAAAAUUUUAUCACUCCUUUAACAGGAGAGAAUUCAGAUUGCGAUCCUAGUAUCACAUUGCAUAUGGAUGAGUUCCUUUAUAAUGAUGAAGAUAUUGAUAAGCUCAUAGAUAGUAAUCAAUUAGAAAGAUACUAUUGCACUGAUUGUAGAUCUAGAAAUAUACAACCAUUGAUUUAUUUAUCACACUCCAUGUCACAGGAUGGAUUGUACUUUAUAUUUAAAGUACUACUACCUACUUUGGAAAACAAAACUAUACUUGAUAUAGGAUCAAGAUUAGGUGCAGUUCUUUAUGGAGCGUAUGUAUAUACAGAUGCUAGAAGAAUUAUUGGUGUUGAAAUGAACGGAGAAUUUUGCAACCUCCAAAAUGAAAUUGUAUGUAAAUUUAAAAUGGACAAUCGUAUAUCUAUCUUGCACAAAAGAAUAGAAGAGGUUCCAGAGAUAAUCGAGCAAAGUGAUGUUAUUAUCAUUAAUAAUGCAUUUGAAUUUUAUUUAUCGAGAGAUGUAGAAAUAGAUAUAUGGAAAUUUUUGAGAACUGCAAUAAAACCAGGAACGCUGCUUGUUACUCGUCCAUCUGUCGAAACAACUUUUAAAAUUCUAUUAAUCGGAAUUUCGAUAGAAAAGUGGUUAAAACCUUUUAAAAAACCAGAUUUUAAUAAAUUUCCUUUCUUACUUGAUUAUGAAGAUAAAUUCUCUGAAAUAUGGUGUUAUAAAGUUCUUUAAGAAAAUCAUGUUUUUUAAGAAAAUGUAAUUUUAUUGAAGAUACUAGAUUUUAAAUAUUUGAUAUAUA